AUGGAUAGAGUGUCUAAGUGGAGCGCCGGAGUUGAUGAGACUUGUGUGCUCUGCAAAAAUGCAGCCGAGACCCGGGAUCAUUUGUUUUUUAAAUGCCCGUUCUCUUCACAGAUUUGGAUGGAUAUUUCUCACGGCAUUCUACAAGGUUCCUAUACGACAACAUGGAGUGCACUUCAGGUGAUUGUCUCUGAUCAGAGACUGGAGGCGAAAAAGCUCUAUUGUAUCAGAUAUGCAUUUCAGUGUGCUAUUCAUGUUAUAUGGAGAGAACGGAACAAGAGGAGGCAUGGGGAGGAUCCAACUAUGCCAAGAGUCCUUGCGAAGUUUAUUGAUAAAAGUAUAAAGAACAAGUUGAGCUUAGUAACUGCCUUGGGAGGAAAGUUUGCAGUUUAUGGUUAUCACAAGAAUGGGACUAAAGAGAAAUGUGCCAUCAAAUUCGACAUCGCAAAGUUUUUUGAUACUGUGAAAUGGACUUUCAUUAUCUCGGUUCUACAAGCAAUGGGACUUCCCCCACAGUUCAUUCAUUGGAUCAAACUGUGUAUCUCUACGGCUGCUUUCUUGGUGUCAGUAAAUGGGAGUUUAGAGGGAUUCUUCACAAGCGCCAGAGGAAUUCGCCAGAGCUGUUCCCUUUCACCUUACUUGUAUGUCAUCCUCAGUAAUGUUAUCUCGAAGAUUUUGAAUGAGGCAGCGGAAGCAGGUGAAUUUGAAUACCAUCCACAGUGUCAGGGAGUUCAUCUUACUCAUCCCAGUUUCGCUGAUGACAUUAUGGUCUUCACCAUUGGUACACCAGAAUCGCUUAUGGGAGUAAUUGGAGUCACGAAUCGAUUUGCAAGCAUGUCGGGUUUGCGCAUUAAUGUAGCUAAAUCUACCCUCUUCGCCUCCGGUAGUAAUCUGAGCCCUCUUCUAGAUGCAGCAGUGGCUCUUCGUAUUGGAGUAGGAACUUUACCUAUCUGUUACUUGGGUAUGCCAUUGACUGCAAAAUCCCUUACUAGCCAUGACUACGAACCAUUGAUAGACAAGAUCAGAGGGAGGAUGCUGUGCUGGUCUAACAGAGCUCUCUCGUUUGCAGGAAGGAUCGCCUACAAAAAAUCACAAGGCAAAGGUGAGCUGGGAGGAUCUUUGCUUCCCAAAGGAAGAGGGUUGAUUAGGGAUCCGAAAGCUUCGGGAUUCAGCCAAGGCAUUUGCUAUGAAGCUCAUACGGCGAAUUUUCACACAAUCAUCUUCUCUUUGGGUAAGCUGGGUAACUCAUUAUCUACUCAAGGACGUUUGAUCGAUAUCACAGGAGCAACUGGCACCACUUAUCUUGGGGUUCAGCGACAUGCUAGAGUAUGUGAUGCAGUAAAUUUGGAAGGUUGGACUAUUAGAGGGCAGAGAUGUCGACGGUUUCAGGAGCUGUAUCGCAACAUCUUGGCGAUUACACCUUCCAAACCUGAGAAUGGUGCUGAUAUAGUACUAUGGAAGCAUGCGGAUGAAGAAUAUCUACCUACAUUCUCAGCAUCAAAAACUUGGGAUCAAGUGCGGGUUAAAGGGAUAAAGUUGAGUGGAGCAGAGUGGUUUGGCUACCUCAAGGAGUUCCAAGUUUGGGAAGUUCUUGCGUGCCGGCUUGUUGGAAAUGAAAUUAAUCCAGAUUGGCAGUGGACCAUCACACGGCUGCAGCGUAUGAGAGAUAAGGAGUUGGAUACUAUCCUUGCACGGCUGCUGUUUCAGAGCAUGGUUUACCAUGUGUGGAGAGAGAGGAAUGUUAGACGCCAUCAGCAGCCUGCGAUGAGCACUGAUCAGAUGAGAAGAAGGAUUGACAAAGUCAUGAGAAAUAGGAUUCUCUCCCUUCGAUAA